GUACGGGAUCAGCUCCAUCAAGCUGGUUAUUAUGUCGAUGUUGACACAAGUGAUAAAACAAUUCAGAAAAAGGUACGACAAGCUCAGAUGGCACAGUACAACUACAUUUUAGUUGUGGGUGCGGAGGAAGUUCAAAAUGGACAGGUUAGCGUAAGGGUUAGAGAUAAGGGUGAUGUGACAGUAAUGAGCAUGGAGGGCCUACUACAACACUUCAAGGACCAAGUUGAAGCUUUCCAUUAGGAUGUCCCUUCAUUUUGUUAUUUAUUUUUGGGCGUGAUGCUCUGAACUUGUUCCACACAAAUACCAUUUUAACACCGUCUGCGUAGCGACGGGUGAUUUGAUGAUCUAACACCGAUGGAUUGUUUAUUUUAACUAAAAUGUUAAGACUUUCUACCUCCACAUUUGAUGAUCUAACACCGAUGGAUUGUUUAUUUAA